UUGGUAUCGAACGGAAAUGCGCGCAGCUAAAUGUCGAGCACUAGUUUCGCGUUUCCACACUUACACAAACCGUAGAAUUAUCCACGCACAUUCCCAUGAAAUUUUUCCUUCUGGUUACCUUAAAAAAUUCCCAUUGGAAUACUGUUGAAAAUGCCGGAGGCGACUGCGCUAGCUUACAGGCUUCUUCUUAUUUUCACCGUUUUAGGUGUGAGUAAUAACAGGAAGAAAGUGUCUGCCUCCGAAUGUCAACUACCGUCGUCAUGCUUCACCUGGCGGACACUGCACGCCUGUGACCUGGGCACCGACAUCCAAUCGGUUGAUACGGGUCACGCCAUCGCGGCAUGCACUGACACAUCGGCGGAUGUGACCUGGUUUCGCCGAUUCCGAUAUCUUCCCUAUCAGUUUGAUCUCAUCGAAGAUCCCGGGCCUGAUAAUGUUACGGGCAAUGUGAUUGCUGUGUCACGCUGCACUCCACGUCGGAAGGGAGAUGCGGCGGACCGCGACGAGCCGGUGGCCAUUCUGCGCAGUCCCGGAAUUAUUCCGCGAAGCUGUUUGGCUCUGCGUGUCACAUUUUGGUACCGUUUAUCUGGCGGACCAACUUUCUCACCAACUCCGCAGGAAUUCAAUCUUAAAGUGCUCAUUGAGGAUCGAUAUUACACUUUCCCGAAUGACUUAAUCUGGGGACGCCAAAACGAUUAUACGAACACCACUGUCAAUGAAUGGAACUUUGCUGAAGUCUACUUCGGACGCGAUAACGGCGAACAGUUCACCGUGAAUUUCCUGGCGUACCAUGACAACAGGUGUCGGGAAAACAAUAAAACCAUUGCUUUGGAUUUCAUGACGAUCCAAGCAGCGCAGAGGACCGCUAACUGUACAGAAGUUUCGGAUAUAACAGUGACAACUGAAUCCCCAAACGACCAAACCACGCCCACAGUUAAUUCCACCGAGUCAUAUGCGUGCGAAGUUGACGAACCGAUUGUGGUCCGAUGCGUCAAGGGCGCCGUAACCGUGACACCACCGUUGCCGGUUAACAUUUCAGACAGUAAUGCUGCGGAGAUAAGGUUUCAAGGUGACAAUACGUAUUCUUGUCGAACGCUUUUACGGGAGCUCCAUCUUUGGUUGGUAAACGCCAGUAAUACAGUAGAACGUGGAGCCAAAUCGCCUACCAGUAUCAUUUGCCGAAAAGGAAGCUUAGAGUUCUCUGAAGUAGAUCCCGAUGCGGCACAAUCCACGGAUCUGGUCUUCCGUACACCGUCCGUUGAUCUGACGUGCCGGAAGAUGUUCGUUCAGUUUUUGCAGCAGCUGGCGAAUUUUACAGUGGAUGAAGCAGAGGUUACCGAGGCCGGCGGUACGAUCACUACGGCUUCCGCGCCACCAGAGAGACCCAGUUGCUCAUUGCCGGCGGCUUGCUAUGACUGGAUAACGCUGCACCAGUGCGACAUGGGCACUACGGUUCAGCUCGUUCAGAGUACGAUAAUAACGGCGUGCUCCAAUCAGGAGCAUGGAAUCAUGUGGACGAGGGGAUACAAAUACUACCCCUAUCAAUUCGACCUCGUAGAAGAUGGCGCCGAUGCUGACAAAGGAGUAUUCGCGAUUUCCCGCUGCUCGCAACGCGUUGCUGGUGUGGCACCGGAACGAAACGAUGCCGUGGCGAUUCUGCGCAGCGCAAUCGUCACCCCGACGUCUCCCUACCUCUGCCUGCUUGUGUCCUUUUAUUAUCGCCUGUCCGAUUUUCCGGUAUUCUCAGUUAACCCAGACGAAAAGUUUCAUCUCAAAGCGUUUAUCGAAGGUUACGGUCAGACGUUUCCUCACGAGCAGAUUUGGGGGAACGAGACCGAUUAUUCGGAGAAUAUUAUUGGCCAGUGGCGCUAUGUCGAGGUGGUUUUCACUCGCAAUGUUGGACAACAAUUCACUAUCAACUUUUUUGCUUACCAUAACGACGGCUGCCAGGUCAACCUCAAAACGAUUGCAUUAGAUGCAAUAACCAUUCGAACAGCGAAGGAGACCGGAAUUUGUAUUACCACCACCGUCACUACAACCCCGUCGAAGCCAACCAUACCAACUUUACCCACGGUUGCGUGGUUCCGUGAUUCCAGUCAAGGGGCAUGCGACGUUGGCCCUGCCAUCGUGUACAGCUGUCAGAAGGGUUUGGUAAGUAUCGAUUCACCGAUUUCUGAUAUCGACAGCAGCGACGCCAUGGAAGCGGUAUUUCGCGGCGACAACACGUAUCCUUGCCGAACACAUUUACGGAAAUUGCACGUUUGGUUAAAAGAGCUGGUCGGAAUGUCGCCCCGGUCUGGCUACACGCCAACUGUUAUUACGUGCAGGAAAAGCCACUUCGAGUUUUCGGAGCGGGAUCCCGAUGAGGCGCAAUCCACGGAGCUGAUGUUGCGUACUGUGUCGAUAGAUUUGAAAUGCCGUAAUGCUUUUGUUCAGUUUGUCCGGCAUGUGAAUGCGCUUACCGGUUCCAGAUUGUAAUGAAUGUUUUCUAGUAACUGACUGCUGUAGUAGGUUUUGAUCACGAUAUACAGUAUAAUAAUGAAAAGUAACCAUGGGAAAUGACAGCAUGCAGAAAGAUAUAUUUAAAAAAUAGUUUAUGUGCUUUUGCACACAAAGGUGCCUCUUUAUUCGGAGGGUAUA